CCAACGGGUCAAGGACAAGUUGCAAUUGUUUGACAAUGCCUCAUGGACGUGAAUAUAUGCAUAUACAAACACACUAGCUUGCUGUCCUAAACCCAAACAACAUCUGAUCUUAGAAAAAAAUGAAACUCAAAAAUCUAUUGGUUAUCUUUUGUUUUCUUCUUAUAGGCUUUCCUGUUGUGUUUGCACCAUGCGGAGAAACUGGCUUCUUUAAACCUGGUGAUAGGUAUGAUACAAACCGUCGCCUUCUCCUCUCUACUCUAGCUUCUAAUGUCACGGAUCGAGGCGACUUCUUCAGCAAUGCAAUUGGCCAAGGCCAUGAUCGGGUAUAUAUUCUCGGGACGUGCAUCUCAGGUGUUGAACCAAAGGUUUGUUCCGAUUGUAUCGACCUUGCUUCUAACGAGGUGAUAGAAGAAUGUACCAACCAAGCAGAAGGCCUCGCCUGGCCAGAAAAUGGAACUUUUUGUAUGGUGCGUUACUCCAACCGUUCUUUUACUGGAUCACUCGAGAUCGAACCAAAGUAUACUAUGUACAAAGUUGGAGAUAUCGGAUCCACGGUAACAAACUUUGAUAAACUGUGGGACGACUUAACAAGUCGUAUGAUAGAUAGAGCUACUUCAUGGACAUCUGAACGCAUGAGCUAUGCAGCUGAAGUAGUUACUUUGACGUCUUUCAGGAAUUUAUACGCAAUAAUGCAAUGCAUACCGAUCAUAUCUUUAGGGGACUGCAACUUCUGUUUAACUGCAAGUGUCAGAGAAUACCAAUCAUGUUGUCAUGGGAGACAGGGUGGGGUUGUUUUUCGUCCUAGCUGCGUUUUCAGAUGGGAGAUUUAUCCCUUUUCUUCUGCCUUUAACGUUACUUCAGCUCAACCCCCAAUAUCACUCCCACCUUCGGUAGGCAAAAGGAACACCAGAACCAAGGGAGGAAUCAUUGGAAUCAUUAUUGGUCUCGCCUUUGUGAUAAGUGUGCUGCUUGCUCUAGGGUUUUCUCUUCAUAGGAGGAGAAGAACAUACCAAGAAUUUGCUAGGAGGUCAAGGACGACUUAUGAUACUACAUUACCAGAUGAUGCUGCUGCAGAUGAUAUUACAACUUCAGGUUCACUUCAAUUCAAAUUUAAAACUAUUGAAGCUGCGACAAGUAAUUUUCAAAUGACUAACAAGUUAGGUCAUGGUGGAUUUGGUGAAGUUUACAAGGGAACAUUCCCCAAUGGAGCAGAAGUUGCGGUGAAGAGGUUGUCUAAAACUUCAGGUCAAGGUGAACAAGAAUUUAAGAAUGAGGUGCUUCUUGUAGCAAAGCUCCAACAUAAAAAUCUGGUUAGACUUCUCGGGUUUUCUGUUGAAAGAGAAGAAAGGAUACUUGUGUACGAGUUUGUGCCCAAUAAAAGUCUCGAUUACUUUCUCUUUGACCAUAAAAAGAGUGAUCAGCUGGAUUGGAAAAAACGUUACAACAUUAUCGGGGGAAUCACUCGUGGGAUUUUAUAUCUUCAUCAAGAUUCACGGCUCACAAUCAUACAUCGUGACCUCAAAGCGAGUAACAUUCUCUUAGAUGCUGAAAUGAACCCGAAAAUCGCAGAUUUUGGUAUGGCAAGGAAUUUUAGAGUGGACCAGACUGAGGACAAUACAAGAAGAGUAGUUGGAACAUUCGGUUACAUGCCUCCCGAGUAUGUGGCCAAAGGGCAGUUCUCGAUGAAAUCUGAUGUCUAUAGCUUUGGAGUAUUGAUUCUGGAGAUCAUUGGUGGAAAAAAGAAUAGUAGCUUCAACGAACAAGAUGGCUCAAUUAGCAACUUGGUCACAUAUGUUUGGAGGCUUUGGAACAACAAAUCUUUUUUGGAACUCGUAGACCCGGCCAUGGGGGAGAAUUAUGAUAAAUAUGAAGUUAUUAGAUGCAUCCAUAUCGGGUUAUUGUGCGUUCAAGAAAACCCCGCAGAUCGUCCAACCAUGUCUACAAUAUUUCAAAUGCUCACUAAUACUUCAAUUACCCUACCUGUUCCUCAACCACCUGGAUUUGUCUUUAGGGUCAGAUCAGGGCCAAACCCAUUAGCCGAGAGAUUGCAGCCUGGUCCGUCCACUUCCAUGUCCUUUGCUUGUUCCAUUGAUGAUGCAUCGAUCACGAGUGUUAGUCCUCGUUGAAAUUAGAUGUUAAUGAUAAUAUGUAAAAAAAUUUGCAAGUCAAAUGUUUAAAUAGUCACUCCUUAUUAACUAUCGUAGAAAUUCAUGUUUUGAUUGAUGGAAGUGCACAUAUUCUCUGAGUCAUCAAUCUAAAGAAAAGAAAAAAAGGGAAAGAAGAGUUGUAUUAAGUCCUCUGUCUCGUCUUCUUCAUAAUCUUAAGUGCCAUUGCUGUUUUUGUGCAAUAU